AUGGAUAUGCCUCGUCGUCUUGAAAGAGGCAGUGAACUGCUUUACAUGCUACAGCAAUGGCACGAACAUCUACCCCACGAGUUCAAUGCCCUUCCUACUGUCGCCGGUGCAGGCGUUUUUGCGCCUAUCUGGGUUCAUCCCCCGAACUACGCAGCUGCACUUCAGGCUCAUAGCCUGGCCCGGAUCUUGGUCAUUCUUCAUCGUCCAUCAUCUGGCAGUUUACAAGACCAAGGAGCUGCCCAGAAACUUCUCACGUUUUCUGUAAAUACCAUUUGUGGUAUAGCGAGCGCGAUAGAUCCUGAGGAUACUACCUCUAGUCUUAGCACCUUGCCUUUCAUCUUCGGGGCGGGAAUGUGCGUGUAUAGCCCACAUGAAAGAUUGGCACUCUUGGACCUCCUAGAUCUUCACCAGCAACGAGUACGAUGGCCUUUGACAUCGCUACGGAAAGAGCUUGAGCUCGAAUACGCUAAAGAUCAUUAUUCCGAUUUCGCUGAAAGAUGA